UUGCGUAACCUUAUACUUAAUCAGUGGAAGUUAUAAAUAAAUUGUCGUCAUCAUAAUUUGUUUGUCCUACAUUAGGCUAAUAGCUGUAGUUGGAAACAACAGAUCUAUACUUCGGUUUCUGGUGUUUCCUGAGACCCGGGAAAAAGGGACAAGUGAACAGUCCAGACGAAAGGCAUGCCAGAAGCAAUGUCUGAUAACGCUACCGAAAAUGCACUGCCUCCAGUGGUCCUUUGGGCUCAACGUAAAGAUCGGGUUCUCCUGACGAUGAUCUUGGAAAACUGUAGCAAUCCAGUCAUAGACAUGACAGAGAAUUCUUUACAUUUCAAAGGGACAGGUGGCACAGAAAACCAGCCUCAUGAAGUAACUAUGGAAUUCUACGCAGCUAUAUGUCCCGAGACGUCAAAAUAUUUUGUAGGAGGCAGGGAAAUAUCUUUUACAUUAAAGAAAAAAAAUCCAGAUGCAUCUUUUUGGCCACGGUUAUUAAAAGAUCAAAAAAAGGUGCAUUACAUCAAAACAGAUUUUGACAGGUGGAGGGAUGAAGAUGAUUCUGAUGCUGAUGAACCCGCAGACGACUUUAACCUCGAACAGAUGAUGGGUUCUAUGGGUGGACUAGGUGGUGGAGACACGGGUCUUGAUAUGGAUAAAGAUGAAGAAGACAGUGAUGACGAUGAUUUACCCGACCUGAAUUGAUGUAGUGUUUCAACUGUCCAAGGAAAUUAAGCACUUUAUUAUGUGAUUCAUGUGCACAAGCGAUGGGACAGAGACUUUAAGGCCCCUUUCGUUGAGAAUUAUUUUCAACGUCAAAACUGAUUUGCAUUGGUGUGGCAAAGACAUGAAAGUUCCCCACUGCUACAUAGCAAUUCCCGUGUUUGUCUUGUAUUCAUCUUGCGGAGGUGGCUCACAUUGUUCAUUUUUAAUACAAUAAAUAUAAAUAUCAAUUAAA